CCUAAUUUUGUCUUCCAAUCUGCAGAGCACACAGCCUCCCAAAGAACCAACCAUGGGCCGCGUCCGCACGAAGACAGUGAAGAAAUCGUCCCGCCAAGUGAUCGAGCGUUACUACUCCCGCAUGACCCUCGAUUUCCACACCAACAAGAAGAUCAUCGAAGAAGUGGCUAUAAUCCCAUCCAAGAGGCUCCGCAACAAGAUCGCGGGUUUCUCGACCCAUCUCAUGAAACGUAUCCAGAAGGGUCCCGUGCGUGGUAUUUCUCUGAAGCUGCAAGAAGAAGAGCGCGAGCGCCGCAUGGAUUUCGUCCCCGAUGAAUCUGCAAUCAAGGUCGACCAAAUCGAAGUUGAUAAGGAAACUCUUGAUAUGCUUUCGGUUCUUGGGAUGGCUGAUAUUCCUGGGCUUAUUAAGGUUGAUCCGGUUGCUGUUCCGGUUCCUCAAAUCGGGUUCGGCCGAGGUGGUGGACCCGGGAGGAGGUUUUAAGUGGUGGGGCCCCAUGGACUUGAUGGGUUCUUAAGUUUGUUAUGUUUCUUUUCUUUCUUGGUAGUGUUUAAUUUUGUGUUUUUUGAUGGAACAGUUUUAGUUGUUAUGUUAAAUGGUACUCAAAUUUAUUAAGUUUGAUGUGUACUUUUUUGAAGAAAUUCGAAAUGGGUAAUUUUUAGUUUUUGGCA